AUGCUAUUCGCAAAUCUUGACAUCAGUAAUUCUCGUGGUACUGUGGAGUUUCAUGAACUUCAUGACAUCCUCGUCGUCCAGAAGAACGCUGAGAUGGAUUUCUUGGUGGAAGCUCAUCGCCAAUCCGACAUCGAUCUUUCCGAGAACUUCGACCUGACUUCAGACGUCAGCGACUCAGAUUCUGGAUACUCAGAUCACAAGGACUACAGAUUCGCAGCAUUGACAGGCUAUAGCCUCGCAGCGAAUGCCACAAUUCCCAUCUCUCGUUUCACUUCCCGCACAUGCCUUGAACUAAAGCGGAUGAGCCAGAUACCAUAUGGUAAAGCCCGAGCCUUCCAGCUCGCUUUGAUGUUUCGCUUGGACUUCCUAAGAUUCGAAAAGCUAAAACUGGAAUGGUGGCGAAAGGGUGUCCACGAAAUACAUGCAUUGCUUCUCGAUUUGCUGGAUCAGGAGCUGAAAGAUUGGAACCCUGAACAUCCGCUCGACUGUGCCCACGCAUUUCUCUCCUUGACGUCCUACAUCAAACGCGAGCAAAGAGGUAAGAUUUCCAAUGUGCGCGUCUAUAAGUAA